AUGGCAGAGCUAGUGGGUGCGCGUCCGCGGCAGCUGAGGACUUUUCGGGCACGAAGAGACGUCCUUGAUGAACUUCCGGACCCGGAAUUGAUCAAGAGGUACCGCCUGGACCGUGCAGGGAUACUCUUCGUGGCUGAUUUGGUGCGUGAGGCCUUGACUGCUCCUACAAACAGGAACCAAGCCCUCUCCCCGGAGAUGAAGGUCCUCGUAACACUGAGGUAUCUUGCUACGGGGAAAAUGCAGCAGUGUAGCAGCGACGACUUGGGGCCUUCACAACAGACCGUCAGCAGGGUCACCCGGGAGACUGUGUACGCCCUUGCACAGCCUCAUAUAGUGAGACGCUUCAUCAAGUUCCCCCUCACUGUGCAAGAAACUCAGGUGAAGCGGCGAGAGUUUGAGGAAAUUGCGGGAUUUCCUGGUGUGGUAGGGGCAGUAGACGGAACACAUGUGAGGAUUGUUGCACCCAAGGAAUUUGAGGCAGACCGGGCCCACAGUCCGCCUAUAAUAGACAAGCCUGGUGACCUGUGGGGAAGCUGA